CCAUCCCCCUAAGCGGCUGCCAGCUAAUACUCCCCGAAUUUUGAGAUUUUCUACAUCUCCUUCUUUUCUCCCUCAGAUGCCUUUUUUCCCCCUUCUUCAACCAACUGUUCUUCCUCAAAUGCAGAAACUCACGACUUAAACUGACUGAUUUUGGCAUUCUUCGAUUCAAACUUUGAAGAUCUUUGCACCGAAUUCUCCAUUGAAGAAGCUUCAUUUACAGAAUUAUGUCGAAUACUUACAACAGUCCAUCUCGAAGCCCUGGAAGAGGGAGCACAUCUACUUCUACUACGACGCCGACAACGGCUAGAUUUCAUGUUGCUGGUGUUUCUCGUUUGAGAUCUUCGUUUGUUAAGAAACCACCCGAACCUCUUCGACGUGCUGUUGCUGAUUCCCUUUCUUCCUCUUCUUCUUCGUCGUCUUUUUCCUCUAUUUCUGCUCUUUCUUCUCAUCAUCUUUCUAGUAAUCCUUCUGUUCAUGCUUCUGAAGCCUCUCGUACUCUUCGGGAUUAUUUAUCAUCUCCAUCAACGACCGACCUUGCUUAUUCUGUCAUUUUAGAACAUACACUUGCAGAGCGAGAUCGCAGCCCUGCAGUUGUAGCUAGAUGUGUGGCACUCCUAAAACGUCAUCUCUUAAGAUAUAAGCCUAGUGAAGAAACAUUGCUACAGAUUGAUAGGUUUUGUGUAAAUAUAAUUGCCGAAUGUGAUAUUGGCUUGAGCCGGAAAUUUUUGCCAUGGUCACACUCAUUGAGCCAGCAAUCUAGUUCUGCAAAGCCUUCUGUCAAUGGUGCACCUUUGCCUGUUUCUAGCUUUGCUUCCGCCUCCCUUAUUAAGUCACUAAAUUAUGUUCGUUCCUUGGUGGCUCAACAUAUUCCAAGACGGUCGUUUCAACCAGCAGCUUUUGCUGGAGCCCCUUCAGCUCCAAGGCAGAUCCUUCCCUCAUUGUCAUCUUUAUUGAGUAGAUCUUUCAAUUCUCAAUUAAGUCCUGCAAAUAAUGGAGAGUCAUCAGGAAGGAUAGACACUACCUUAUCAGUGCCUAGCCAAAGAAGGACUGAAAUUUCUGAUGAAAUGGACGAUCAAGAAUAUCUUACGGCGGAUGUUCUACAAUGGCGUUGGAGAAAUGAUCAAGAUUCUACUACUGCUUUAAUUGAUGGAGAUCACAAUUUGAAUAUGCAAGACUUGUUGAGAUCUAAUUUGCUUGACGUGGGUGCUGCUGCUCUACUUGUUUCUGAUUUGGAUGCCAAGAAGGGCCAACCAUGGAGGCACUUUGGUACUGCUGACAUGCCAUAUCUUGAUCAACUUUUGCAACCCUCCUCCAUGUCAUCAAUCACCAAUAGUGCUUCUGCUCAUCAUCACUUAAGGAUCAUAACAGCUUCUAAAAGGACUAAAUCUGGGUCUCAACAGAUAUGGCAAGAUUGUUCAGUGAGCACAUUUCGGCCGCGUGCACGACCAUUGUUUCAGUAUCGUCAUUACAGUGAACAGCAGCCUCUGAAAUUGAAUCCUACUGAGGUGGGUGAGGUCAUAUCAGCCGUUUGCUCAGAGACGUCCAUGCCAAGCACAAAUCUGAUGACAAUGUCAACUGGACUGAGUAGCCAUCGCACAAAGCCAUCCAUUGAUGUGGCUGUCAGUGUCCUUAUCAAACUUGUUAUUGACAUGUAUAUUUUGGAUUCUGACUCUGCUGCUCCUCUAACUCUUAAUAUGCUUGAGGAUAUGGUUUGUUCACCCAGAUUGUCUUCUAGGACUCGUGCCUUUGACUUAAUAUUAAAUCUUGCUGUUCAUGCUCACUUAUUGGAGCCUGUUGUGGCCGAUGAUGUUUCAACCAUUGAUGAAGAGUUUUCUCAAGAAUUAUCUUUGGACAGUGAAGCACAGGUGGGGAAUCCUAGCAAGAAAACAGAUUCUCACAAGAAUGUAGGAGACUCCUCAGCAAUUGAAAAUUUUGAAACCUGGAUCUUGAAUAUUCUCUAUGAGAUUCUUUUGCUUCUUGUUCAGACAGAAGAGAAACAAGAAUUUGUCUGGGCUUCUGCUCUAAGUUGUUUGCUUUAUUUUGUCUGCGAUGGAGGCCGAAUUCGAAGGACUCGACUGAAAGGCCUUGACAUAAGGGUUGUGAAGGCUUUGAUAGAAGUCAGUAGAAUGAGUUCAUGGGCUGAAGUUGUUCAUUCAAAACUCAUUUCAAUUUUAGCAAGGAUGUUCUAUGAUCUUCCUGAUGAACAGGGCACAUCUAGUCCAUGUACACCUAAGUUUCUGGUAGAACAAGUUGAUAUGAUUGGUGGGAUUGAUUUUAUCUUCAUGGAGUUUUCUCAAGCUCGAACAAGGGAGGAGAAGAGAAAUCUUUAUUCUUUGCUUUUUGACUAUGUUUUGCAUAAAAUUAAUGUGGCAAAUAUUGCUUCUGGAGUGUUUGAGUAUGUAAAUAUUGAAAUUCAAACCCUUGCAACGCUGCUGUCUCUUGCCAAUGCUCCUGAAGCCUUCCAUAUUUCGGUGAAGCUUGGGGUGGAUAGAAUUGGUGAACUCUUGGGAAGAUCAGUGUCUUCUGCAUUGUCCAGAUAUUCAGACAGUGAACAAUUGAGCACUAUCCUUGAGAAGAUUACGAGUGAGUUUGAUGCAAUUAUAAGUUCAUUUACUCACUUACAGAAAGAAUUCUCCAGUAUGAGACAGUUGACCAAAUCAUGCAAACUUCUGAAGAACAUUGAGGACGGGGUAAUAGGGAGGAAUAUCGCCAAGAAAGCUAAAUUAUCAUGGGCCACCUUACAUUCUCUUCUUCACUCUGAUAGGACAGCAUGCCGUCAAAAUGGAUACAUUUGGUUGGGUGAUCUGCUUAUUUCUGAAAUCAGUGAGAGAGAUGGACAUUUGUUGUCGAACAUUAGCAGCUUGCGGCAGCAAAUCACCUUAGUUGAUCUGAAAGAUUCUUCUACUCUUUCAGAUAUUCCAUUAUCUAUAUGGCUUAUGUGUGGCUUGCUGAAGUCAAAAGACAGCACAAUCAGAGCAGGUUUUUUGUUUGUUUUGGAAGUUCUUCUCAUGCGAUGCAAGUGUCUAUUGGAUGAGAAUGGGCUUGAGGAUUCAGCCAAAAGUGGUAGAGAUGGUCACCAGGAUAGCUGUCUGGAAAAGGCAAAUUCAGUAAUAGGUAUUAUGAGUGCAUGCUUAUUUUUGGUAGCUCAGAUAAAUGAGACAGAUCACUUCAACAUUCUGAAGAUGUGUGACAUUCUAUUCUCUCAGCUUUGCCUUAAAGUCCCUCCAGCAUCUGCAGAUGCGGGCAAUCUUGGUAGAGAUUCUAGUAUCAUGGAUAUGAACAAUAAGGCCAAUCUUGGUGAAUGUUCUCCUAUGCAUGAGACUAUUCAACGAAGAGCACUUGAGGAUGUUGAUAACAUCUAUAGUUCAUUAGUUAGUGAAACAUCGUCAAUGGCAGCUUUGCUCCUUCAAGGAAGUGUUGUAGUUCCAUUGCAGUUGGUUGCACAUGUUCCAGCUGUUCUAUUUUACUGGCCACUGAUUCAACUUGCUGGUGCAGCCACAGAUAACAUUGCACUGGGAGUUUCUGUUGGCAGCAAGGGAAGAGGAAACCUUCCAGGUGCAACAUCAGAUAUCCGUGCUGCCCUUCUUUUACUUUUAAUUGCAAAAUGCACUGCAGAUUCUGCUGCUUUCCAAGAAGUUGACGGGGAAGAUUUUUUCAGACAACUGUUGGAUGAUACAGAUUCGAGGGUGGCUUAUUACUCUUCUGCAUUUCUUUUGAAGAGAAUGAUGACGGCUGAUUUCGAAAAUUACCAACGCAGACUUCAGCAACUUGUUUUCAGGGCUCAGCAGAGCAACAAUGAAAAACUCCUGGAGAACCCAUAUCUUCAGAUGCGUGGGAUACUGCAGUUGUCAAAUGAUUUUGGAAAUGGUUUGUAGCAAAUCUAGAUAUUUUGAGAUCUCAGCAAAUGCUCCUGGUUGAAGCAGAGAGUGUUAAUUGUUUGAGUUGUGGGGUUCCGCUGGCAGUGUCCACAAUUGUUUUAUUCUUUAGGAGCCAUAUUUUUUCUUGAUUUUAACAUUAGUUUAGGAUAUGAUAGGCCAUUUGGCUCCCACAGGUGAGUUAUUGACGGUCACAUGGCCUUUAUACAUGCUUCAGCAAUUAAUGAAACAACAUUUGAACAUUGGGUAAAAGGUUUAGGAUGAUGGCGAUGACUAUUGCUUGCAAUUGCUAGCUCAAUUGCUAUGAAUAUCAUCUGAGUAGUUCACAUCAGUAUACGUUCAUUGCUCUGGGACUCUGGAUUGCUUCAUCCACUGGAGACUUCAUCCACACAGAUGGAUUUUGAUGCCCCGAGUGUACCUUGUGUCCAUACCGUACAUAUGAACAAAUAUGAUCUUGGAUGUUGGAAGAACUUUCCACCUUUGUUUAUUCUUUUCAAGCGGCGAUUUUUAUAAGCCUGAUGAAGCCUUCCUGAUUUGACAAUACUAAUAAAAGCUUACCGGGAUUUUGUGGAAACUUUGUAACAAUGAUGACUUGUAGCAUAAUGAUCAGUCAUUAAGCUUAAAGAUGAUGCAAAGGUGCACAUCUCCACUUUUAAGGGGUUGCUGCUGCCAGAAAGGGGCGUCCUUCGGAUAUGCCCGAUGCCUAUUUUCUUUGAUACCCUUGGAAGUAUUUAUUCAUCUGCUUCUGUAAAUCUCUAUUUUUGGGUUUAUAACAAUUUUUCUUUAAAUGUAGUUUCUGUAAUAGUUCACUUAGAUAUAGUAUUUUUGCUCCUGAUCUGUAUAAUAUCCAAAUUUUGACAUCAUUUGGAAGUCUUUUUGCCAGUAUGCUGUAAAUUUAUUUAUUUAUUUAUUUUGCAUUCAAUUGUUCAGUAAAAUGUAUCAAGGAAUGUUUGGAGUCAGGUUUUGGAAACAAG